GGGCAAGCGUUCUCUUUUAAUAAUAUCGGAUUAACUACUUUCCAAGACACAUUCAAUAAUGUGACUUCUGAUUCUGGCUAUAAAUGAGCCGGCAGGAACCAUCAGAGAGGCACUGUCCCAAGUUACCAAAGAUGACGACGGAGAACGGCACGGCCACCGGACUGCCUUCCAGGGUCCAGUACGAGGCCAUCCUCAGUGUCACCGCCUUCAAGGCGACCGAACCGCGCCUGAUUCAGCCUGUCUUGGUCGCUGACCCCGCUGGCACCGGGAUCUUCCAGAAGUGCUUCAACGUGAUCCUGUACUAUCGAGCGCUGGUGGAGGGUGAGACCGGCUGGGCCUUCUCAGGGUGGAUCAAGGAGUCGAUGGGGAGAGCUUUCACUGAGCAGCCGCUCCUCUGCGGGCGGCUCCGGCGAGGCGAGGGCGGCAGCGGAGGGGAGCUAGAGAUCGUGUCGAACGACAGCGGCGCCAGGCUCAUCGAGGCUAGGAUCGGGGUGACUCUGGAUGAGUUUCUUGGCUCCGAGAGGAGGGCGGAUGGUGAAGCUGAGCUAGUGCAUUGGAAGGACAUCGAUGCACAGAAUCCUCAGUUCUGUCCACUCUUCUACAUCCAGGUGACGAACUUUCAGUGUGGUGGCUAUUCAAUUGGGAUAAGCUGUAGCCUAUUACUUCUAGACCCAAUCUCUACAAUAAAUCUCAUCAAGAGAUGGGCCACCAUCCAUAAUGACCUAAACUUAAUUCCUGGAGAUAAUGCACCCAAGAAACCCAUUUUCUAUCUCUCCAGCACCAGACGCAGUGACUCACCGCUGACCUCUCUCUCCCCGAGUCCUUGCCCGAAGACUGUCCAGACAUUGGUCUUCAAAGUCAACGCCGCCCACGCGAAGGCCGGCAGUGAACUGAGCAAGGCACUCGCGCUGCUGUGCACCGAGGAGGCGGAGAAGAAACUGGAGAACAAGAUGGGGUCGAGAUUCGCGUUGCUGGUGAAAGAAGGAUCGGGGAUUGUCACGGCGGAGUGCGUUGAGAGAAGUGGAGCUGUUCAGGUCAAGACCGAGAUGGCUGCAAGUGAAGUGACUCUGGAGAGGCUGGGCUUGAGCGGCGUGACUUUCAGGAGAGGAAACGAGCCUGCUCUGGUCUCGCAUUGGGUCGCGUCCGGCGAUGGGUUUGUGAUGGUGGCACCAUGUGGGGGUGGCGAUGAUGGCGUGCCUGGAUUUAAUGUCUUUGUCACGAUUCCUAGAGAGUGAUCACAUUCAUCGUAGGUUGCACCUAUUUGCCAUUCUAGCUUCUAUAUUGAUUGUCUUUUCCUUCUUGAAUUCGAUGAUUGCCUUUCUCUUUUCUGCUUAAGAUCCAAUGAUCACUUAAAUGAA